AUGAAUGGUAAAUCCAUUCCAACACCUGGCGAUCAAACAUCCUCGACUUCCUUCGCGCCCCCUCUUCCGAAUCCUGCCCUCUACACUACUAAAGAUCACAGAAUCUACCAUGCUCCAUCGCCGCCACUAUAUCCUGGGCCAGAUGACUGCAUUAUUCAUUUCCGCGCCAAUGGCAUAUGCGGUUCCGAUCUACAUUUCUGGAAGACUGGAGAGAUAGGUACCUGUAUCGUGUCCUCCGACUACGUCCUCGGCCACGAAGGAGCCGGCGUAGUCGUCUUCACAGGUUUCAACGUGAAGCAUCUCGGCCCUGGUGAUCGCGUUGCCAUUGAGCCGGGAGUGCCUUGCCACGAAUGCCGCAAUUGCACAACAGGCGAGUACAACCUGUGUGCAGAUGUUCAGUUUUCCGGCGCACCGCCUUUUCACGGCUCGAUUCGUCGAUAUCACGUUCAUCGAGCGAAGUAUCUGCACAAACUGCCAGAUGAAUUGUCCUUCAGCGACGGCGCCUUGUUGGAACCUUUGAGCGUCGUAUUGCAUGCAUUUGAGCGCGUACCGGUUCGGUUGGGCCAGCCUGUUUUAAUAUGCGGCGCUGGACCAAUUGGCCUGAUUGCUUUGGCCGCGGCAAAGGCGAGCGGAGCGUGGCCGCUGGUGAUCACAGACAUUGAUGCUUCGAGGUUGGAAUUUGCGAAGAAGUUUGUACCAGAAUGUGAUGUUUAUCUGUCACCUCUGCAUGGUAAACCAGAAGAUAUCGCUGCCGAUAUUACAGCUUUAUUCACCGAGGGAGUCGGGAGCGAUCAACCAAGCGUUGUGUAUGAAUGCUCGGGCGUGCACAGUAGCUUUAACACAGCGAUAUAUGCGUGCCAGAGAGGUGGACAGGUCAUGAUUGUUGGAGUAGGGAAAGCUAUCCUAGAUGGGCUUCCGUUCAUGCAUGCGUCUCUCGCUGAGAUUGAUAUCAAAUUCAUUAAUCGGUAUCACCACUCAUGGCCAUAUGCGAUUCGUUUGCUGCAGUCUGGUUACAUCAAUCUGAGGCCACUGAUCACGCAUACUUUCCAACUGGAUGAUUGUGUGAACGCUCUACAGACUGCGGCUGAUCGGACGAAAAACUCAGUCAAGAUACAUAUUUUAGAUGGAGACCAAGAGUGA